AUGGCGUCCAUUAUUCCCACUACUUUCGAAGCCUCUUCUGAACGCACGGUGUCUGCCGAUCCUUCUGGUUCUCCAACGGUGGCUCCUCCCACUCUUUCAUCGGCGCACCACUUCGUCUCCAUCAAGCUUUCCACUCGCAAUUACCUUUUUUGGCGCACUCAGAUGGUGCCGUUUCUUCGCGGCCAGGGUCUUCUCCGGUUUGUCGACGGCUCUUUUCCAUGCCCACUGCCGGUUGCGGUCACGGCGGGUGAUGCUGCUGCUCCGGUGGAUCGCACGGCGGUUCUCGUCUGGGAGCAGCAGGACCAAGCAAUUUUGUCCAUGCUCGUUGCGUCGUUGUCCGAGGAGGUCAUGUAUCUCGCAGUUGGCCAGGCUACGUCGCGCCAGGUCUGGUUGUCGAUCGAAGGUGCGUUUGGUUCGUCGACGAGGGCUCGGGCGCUUGGUCUCCUCAGUCAGCUGCAAGGCUUGCGCCAGGGUGAUAGCACGCCUGCGGAGUUCCUGGGCCGUGCGAAAGUCAUUAUUGAAGAGCUAGCCAUGGCCGGCCGGCCGGUGACCUUGGACGAGCAGAACUUGUACGUCUUCAGAGGUCUGCGGCCUGAAUUCCGAGCGAUGGCGUCGUCACUUGUAACCUCAGGUACUCCGGUUACUAUUUCCCAGCUCUCUAAUUUUUUGGUGGCGCAGCAGUUCAUCUGCAGCGACGAUUUUCCGCCGAUUUUGGAUUCCCAGCCGGCGGCAUUGGUUUCUCGCAGAGGUGGUGGCCGGCAGUCCGGCGGUCGUGGAGGCCAGCGAGGUGGUGGCCGUUCUGCCCGUGGUGGCGGACGUGGUGGUCGAGGCCCUCGCUGCCAGAUUUUCCGCAGUCACGGGCAUACUGCCGUGUUCUGCUUUCGGUGUUACUCGGAUCAGCCGCAGGUAAAUGUGGCUUCUACGGUGGAUGGUGGUGAGUUGGCAUCGUCCGGGUCUGCUGCUGCAUGGUUUCCGGACACCGGAGCUACGCAUCACACUUCUCCGUCCGAUGCUGGCUUGACGGAUACGGAACCUUACACUGGUUCGGAUACAUUGCGCGUCGGCAGUGGUGAAGGUUUAUCUAUUACCCGUAUCGGUCAUGCUCUUAUUUCUUCUUCUAUGUCUAAUCCCCUUAAGUUGUCUGAUGUUCUUGUUGUUCCUGGUCUUUCUACUAAGUUACUUUCCGUUCAAAAAUUCUCUCGUGAUAAUAACGUCUUUUUUGAGUUCUUUCCUUCUUUUUUUGUGGUUAAGGACAUCGCUACCAACACCGUUCUACUUAAGGGACCGAGUUCUGGGGGGACUCUACAAUUUGCGGCUUCCUGUGUCGCCCUCUACGUUUCUAUCUGCUCGGGCACCGUCUAG